AAAAGGAUGGCUGAAAUCGAUAUCAAUUUUAAUAUUUUAUUUUACGUCUGUCAAGUUCUUUUGUGUUAUAAAACAUCAUAUUGAUUAUGGCCAUCUGUCUUUUUUAAUGAUAUCUACAUGACUGUUAAAUACCAGAUUUACUAAAUUGAAGAAAGAGGUUUAUCAAAAUGAGGGUUGGAAAAUGAUUGUAAUAUACGUUGAUCGAAUACUUAAGAUGUUGAGUCUCUUUUUCCUGAUUAUAUCAAUUUGUUCAGGGGACCCAUGUGUUAAAGAUGAGUCCUCUCGCUCUUUUUUCUUCAUGAAGAGUAUACCGACAAGAUAUAAUCUGCAUAACAUUUUCAAAGAAUUUUGUGUUUGUAAGAAUAAUUCAUGCUCUGGAACGAACAAAACAGAAUCUCCAUUCCAAAAUGGUACUAUUUAUCGGAUCAAUGAAAAGAAAGAUGUACAUGUGAUGUACAAAGGUGAUCGACAUAAUGCAUACAACGACACUUUUUUAGGAACAGAAUAUGUAGUUCCAGUGCUGCAAGAUAUAUGGACCCAAACAAUUCAACAAUUUUUGGGGGUUGGAAACCCGACAAACACGGAAAUAAAUGUUCAAAUUGAAUACUCUAAAGGAAACAACUUUUCUGGCAAAAUUUGUCAAAACGAAUCCAUAAAAAUGCUGCCAUUAAGUGCUUACGAAACUAUUGAACUCGGAAUCAGCUGUCACAGUCCUGGAAUAUAUAUAAACUCCUCUGACAAAAUCAUAGUCUACAGUGCAGCUCUAAUACAAGGAAGUGUUAUGAUAGAACAACUCCUUCCGGUGGAACUUUGGGGCAGUUCUUACAUGGUUUUUCCUUUUAGAAAUAUUUUGCACGACAGUAUGUCAUUGAUUAUAGUAUUGACUGCAUACGACAACACAACUGUCCAUAUCCUCGGUUUCGAUAACGUCAUCAUCCCGAAUAAAUAUGACAGCAUUCAAAGACGGAUUAGUGGUUCAUAUCCUAUAACGAUCAGAUCUUCAAAGCCUGUGUCAGUUAUUCUGUAUAUCACAAUAGGAAAUGAGUCGGCCUCAAUUAAUAUUUUACCUAUGAAAUAUAAAUUAGACAAAACUUAUAUUCGACGUAUGACUAAUUCUUGGUAUGCUUUUGCGUCUUUAAACGCUGAAGAAUUAAAUGGAAAUGAGAAAGAAAUGGAAAUGCUAACGUUUUCAAAGUUUAACUAUUACACGAGUACUAACAUCUCAAUGGAGAAACUGCCUCCAUUCUUAUAUGGUUGUUUUGGUGUAAAGAUACCUGGAGACAAAAUAAGAGCUGGCACUAACUGUGGUCUUAUGGAUCGAAAUCUAACAGAGCCCGAAUGGCCCAUAAUGGAACCUGGCGAUGGCAAAGAUAAUAAUCAAAAUGAAAUGAUCGAUGAAGACGACUGCUUUUCAUCGUUCACAAAUCUAAAUGGAACCGGAAACAAAGAUUGCAAGAUAGGUUUCUCAGAUACACUUGGAUCAAUGUUUGUUUUACCAUUAGACAGAGUGACUGUAAAAUGUUCGGCGGAAAUUUUUUCUGGAACGUUGCCGACAGAAGUUGAAAUUUAUUCUAAACUAAUGAAUGCUGGAACUGUUGUCUGGAAUUUGACGACUAUACAAAUAAACAACAAUGAUUUUAUAAUUGAUCGAAAUAUUACCGACUCGACAUUGUCAACAGAAUUAGAACGGCUCGUAAUUGCGAAUAUCGAGAGUAAUAAUGUAUCGUUAAUAUGUAGCUGUUACAACUUAAACAAAACAUGCUCUAACAGCUUCAUUGUUCCUCCAGUUAAUAUUCUUCAGACUCAGUAUGUUUUGAUCAUGCCUGUCAAAUCCGAAAACGAAAAUGAAAACCACAUCCAGUGUGAUGUAGUUACAAUUUUUGACAACACAUCGUUUGCAUUACCAAUGCUAAACAUUUCCCAUGAAAACAUACCACGUCUCACAACAACUAGGAUCAACUGGACAAUGCAGAACAGUCCCGUCUCUAUUGUAGCCAGUCAUGUGAUUUCAGUUGUGUGUGUUCAGGGUUUUGAUGAUAACUAUCUGGUAAAUUAUAUUUUGCCUUCUUCCGGGACCGAUUAUAAAAUCUGCAAGAACGACAAUCAGACUAAAGAAAUUGAAAUGGUUUCGUUGGAUUAUAGUACAAGUCUGAAUAUAUCCGAAAUCGAUCCAGAUAAUUACACCGAACAUGUAUUACUCGAAACUGGAGGUAGCUUUCAAAGAUACAAGAUGAACAACUCGAGCUCUUUUCUGUCUAUAAAGGCAAACAAACCAAUCCUUGUAUUAGCUUGGAUUGAAACACCUUCCUCUCCAAGCAAUCACAAUAUCAUUUAUGUUCCCGCUGCGAAUCUUGUUUUAAAUAGCAACAUGACGUCAUCCAACCAUUCUGAAGAUGAAUGCCUUUCUUUGAGCGACUACACUCAGCCACAACCUUUCCGUUUAUACAGGAGGGAAUUACCAACAGUGACUGAACAGAUACCCGGCGACGGUAUAGACAAUGAUGGGGAUGGACUGGUGGACGAAGAAUACUGUGGGUUUUUGUGGCAAGAUUACAAUAUCAGUGACAUUGAUCUAGACGGGUCCAUAAAUGAAGAUUGCAAAGGAUGUAAUGAGGGUGAGGAAUUAUCUCCCCUUUUCGUAUGCAAAGAUUGUGACUAUGGUAAAUUCCGUGAAAAGGCAUCAAAGAUCGAUUUUUGUCAGUUCUGUCCCCAAAAUCAGACAACAUUUUACACAAGAAGCAAUUCUUCAGAAGAUUGUAUCCCAAUCUGUGGAGAGGGAACGAAACUGAAUUCCGCGAAAGAAAACUGUGAGCCCUGCUCAAUUGGAUUUUAUAAAAAUGUUUCAGCCAAUGACACAAGUUUAAAUAUAACAGACAGGUUUGAAUGCAAGAAAUGUCCAAGAAAUUUGACAACAUAUUCCACAGAAUCCAUAGAAAUCAGCGACUGUAUAGAGCAUUGUGAGACUGGAUAUUAUCUAUCCAAUAACACCUGUCUGCCUUGUGAAAUUGGAACAUACAAAAAUACAUCCAGCCGCGAUGUUACUCUUGACGAGAUGUUAAGGUGGAAUUGUUCGACAUGUAAGAGAACAUAUACCACAAUCUCAAAGGAAUCUGAAACCUGUAUUAGGAAGUGCAACAAGGGGUAUCAAUUUAAUUUUUCAAUUCAUCAAUGCGAACCCUGUCCUGUCGGGUUUUACAAAAACAUAACAGGGAUACACAUCAAUUGUACGCAGUGCCCGGAAAAUUACACAACUAGAGCCCCUGGUAAAACGUCCCAUAUCGAUUGCAAAAUAGCUGAUUGUAUGUGUGCUUGUAAUAUGGUACAUGUCCAGAAGAAUUACACAAGUUCGGAACUGUCAAAAAUCAUCGAAAAGAUGAAGAAAGAACUGAUGGUCAACAAGGAUCAGCUGUCGUCGACUCUGAGAAAGAAGAUAAGUGUCAAGGACAAUCGGCCAUCUUCUCAGUCCAUUGGGUCGUUUGGCGUCGUCAUCAUAGUCUUUGUUUUUUCGCUUUUGCUUGCAGCUGAUGUGAUGAUUUUGAAGAAACACAUUUCUUUGCUUGUACGGACAUUGGUGGAUUUUGCAAAACGAUUUUGCAGGAAGUGAAAAUGAAUUGUUUGGUAAAAUUUCAAAUACCAACAUUUUACGAUAAACGAUGAUCUUGUUUAGUUAUAAAUUGUACAGAAGAGCAUCAUUUGGAAUCAUAAGCGUUAUAGGCUAGUAAAGAUAAAUCCUCUUUGUAAAAGCUGAAAUGAUCCCGGUAUUUAUUUGAUUUUCCUUUAACCUUGUACUGUAUCUGGUGUUUUUGUUACAGGUAUAAUAAUGUUUUUAUUGGAGUUUUAUGUUCUCAGUGAUAAAAAUGAUAUAAAAUAUCAA